AUCCAGUUGCUAAAGACAGAUAUUUUGGGGAAACCUCUUCAGAUAACCGGCGCCGGAGAAACGAAAGGCGCGCAACAAUGGCGAUAGAGCAGACACUGAUUUCCACUAGGAACGCCGUCGUUUACUUCAGGAACCCUUUCCCGGACACCAGAUUGGCGGCUCCGACUUCACCAUUCUGUCUUCACUUCGCCUCUGGUGUUCCGAGGCGACAGAAUUUCAGUCGCAGCUUGAAAUGCUGUGUGGAGUACAAAGACCAAGGCUACAGCCUUCAAGCGUCCUACCCGAAGCCAACGGAAGUCCCUUGGAGCAAGGAGCUCUGCAACACGGUGCACCUCAUCGGUGUCGUCGGUAGCCCAGUCGAAAUCAAGCAUCUUUCCUCCGGAAAGGUUCUUGCUUGGACCCGACUGGCCGUUAAGAAGUCCCCCACAGACACUUCCUGGAUCAAUUUGACAUUAUGGGAUGAGCUUGCAAAUAUUGCUUAUCAGCAUGUGAAGAAGGGCCAGCAAAUAUAUGUUUGUGGUCGACUGGUCUCAGAUACAGUUGAAAGUGAUAAUGGGAAACAGCAAACGUACCACAAGGUAGUUGUCCAGCAACUAAAUUUUGUUGAAAGGAGUUCCUCCUCAGUGUCAUAUGAUCGUGACUCCAGUUGGACAUCAGGUAAAAGAUUUGGCAGUAAUGGUGGAAAUAGUAUGAGUUCUACACAAGAACUUUGGCAAGCUUUUUUUGCUAAUCCUGUGGAGUGGUGGGAUAAUAGGAAGAGCAAGAAAAACCCAAAAUAUCCAGAUUUCAAGCACAAGGAUACUGGAGAAGCCCUGUGGAUUGAAGGAAAGAAUAAUCCAUACUGGGUAAAGUCCCAAUUGGCAAUCCUAGAUUCAAGAAUGGGCUCUCUUCAUGAUCAGGAUGAAAGGAUGCAAGUUAAGUCAAUGUCUGCUGACGAACUCUUGCCAUUUUAAUUCCCUGGCAUCCCUGCUCUGCAGCUCGGCUGAUUUUAGAAUAUUGCCAUGAUUGGGGUGUCUCAUAUGAAUGGUACGUGCAUAUUGUGUUGGAGAAUUUUUUGGAAAUCUUGAUAGCGUUCAAACAUGUGUUCCAUCUGUUAAGAUUGAUACAUUCUGCUACCCGUAGUUUUAUUAUUUCAUUUGACAACUCGAUCUGUUAUUAUAAUAGAAUUAUCUUUGAGCUGCAAUUGCCAUGCAUAAAACAGCAAUUCACUUUGUAAUGUUGAUAUCUGUUCUGUGCUUUAAUAAAAAUGUUAUGACUCA